AUGAGCGGACAAUACGGUAGUCCAAGUCUCGUCUUCAAUUUCGGUGUCAGUGCAAGCGGAGGACGCGGUGGAGGACGCGGCCUUCCAAAGGCGAAUGCCGUUUGGGGUUCCCACACUGUCAUCACCGGUACCUAUGUGAAAACAGUGACUUUCGGGAAAGCCCACCUCCCCGCCACCCGUCGGGGUGCGUGGGCAUGCGAUAGUCAAGCCCAGUUGUUCUUCGAUGCCGCGGUUGCUGCUGCUGUUGCUGCUACCACCACCAACACCCCCGUGGCCCCCGCGGCCCCCACACCCACUCCAACCGCUACUGCCGCUGCCGCUGCUGCGCCACGCGUCCGGUCUCGCGCCCGCUCUCUCUCAUCUUCAGAUGGUGGAAUUUUGGAGGAAUUUUGGAGAUUUUCAAUUUACAAUCAUCCAAGGACGUAG